UUCACAUUUGCAUUCACACUUCAAUCUCUCUCUAGGGUUUCCUUUCUUUAUCCUAUCUGAUCGAGGGUUCUUCAGAAAUUAGGCUUCUUAACGGAAUUUCAUAGGUUUACAAGUUAAAAAGAGAGAGAUUCAAGCAUGUGGUGGUAUAGUCUUUCCAUUGAUGUUUUCCGGAAAGUUGUCUCAUUGAAUUUGUACUGCCAUGUGAUUCUGUAAUUUUCCUGUUCAAAACCUCUUGAAUCUUUGAAUUUAUAUUAUCAUUUCCUUUGGAGAUUUUGGUGUGGAUUUAUAAUAUAAAGGGACUGGGAAGCAGUAGUAAUGGUUUGCCAAGCAUCUAGUAGAACAACAUUCAAGACAUUGAGACAUGAACAUAGGAUUGAUGGAUGUACAACCAUUAUAGUUAAAGUUAUAGCUUGUUUUCAACCUCUUCAAGAUUGUCAGGCAGAGUAUUUCCGUCAAUUGCUUAAACCUGUUACAUAAAUCAGCUUUCUAUUUGUUUUUUCUUUUCAAUUCAAGAUCUAUUGUUGUUUCGCAUUAAAGAACCGGUAGAAAGACUGUUCUAGGAGAUUGUAUCGGUUGAAAUGGAAAAGGGUUUUGGAAACUGGUCUAGCUACCAGCUUGCUGGUUGUGGAUCACCCAACUUGAAUAUGCUGUAUAAACCAUUGAGUCCGGGACAACAAAACUUAACCCGAAAUGCUAUCACUGCGAAAGAUCAGAUAUGUUAUGAUUCAAAGAUAAUUGGGUCUUGUGAGAACCCAAAAGUUCCUCCUUCAGAAUGUUUCCAGAAGAGAUUCAUUGUGUUUGAUCAAAUAGGCAAUUACAGAAGAACAUUGCUUUCUCCAGAAUUCAAUAGUUCUUAUAACAGAAGAACCUGUUUGUUGGGUACCAUUCUGACUGAUGAUGAUGAACAUGUUAUGGAUCCUAGAGAUGAUUCUGGAAACAGUUAUAAUAAUAAUCACGAGGAUACUGAAGAAAUCGAUGCUCUGCUUUACUCUGACGAUGAAGAAGCUAGCACGGGUCGUUCACCUGAACAAGAACAGUUCGAGAAAGGAGAAGAAGAAGAGGUUGUAAGUUCUGCUGGCUAUACCAAGAAGAUUAAACUGUCUGACGAUUCGCGAGUUCUGAAAAGGAAUUUUGAUGAUGAAGAUGAUGCCGAAUCGAGUUUUUUCCCUUCUGGUUCUAUGUUGGGCCAAAAGAGGCUGAGGAGAAAUGAAAGAAUUCGCGAAACAGUAAGUAUUUUGCAGGGUUUGAUUCCUGAUGGUCAGAGUAUAAAGGAUGCAGUCAUGGUUUUAGAUGAAGCUAUUAGCUACUUGAAAUCGUUGAAACAUGAAGCUAAGGUAUUAGGUCUUGACAUGCUCUAAAUUGUUUCAAUUUUCUUGAACCAAAUUGCUAUAAGUUGUUUUACAUCAUUCAAUGCUAUUAAUAUAUUGUACUAGUUUGCUAAUACUGCUGCUAAAAUUGUAUGGUUUUUAUUUGUGAAAUAAAGUAAAAGUUUGUUAUGCUU